GCGAGGGCGAGGUGGGCGCGAGGGACUAGUGGGACGAUAUUCCACGCGUUACAUAAGACGCGUGACAGCUUCCGCUCCGAAGUCGAACUUCAACUUGUAAUUUUCGCCGCUCUUGAUGCUCACCGUCGCCGCCGUCGGGCUCACCUGCAAGGCCUUCCUCAGGUCCGGCCUCUGCUCCCUCGACAUCGCGGGCCUCCACCACCUCCAGGCCGCCCUCGAGGCGCAGCCCAGGCGCGGCGUCGUCACCGUUUCGAACCACAUCUCGACGCUCGAUGACCCCGUCACAUGGGGCGUGCUGCCCACUCCAUACUACUUUAAUAGCCAUUUCAUGCGCUGGACCCUCGGCGCGUCCGAUAUAAUGUUCACUAAUCCCGUCUUCUCCUGGUUCUUCCGGAAUGGCCAGGUCCUCGAGACCUUCCGUGGAAAGGGCAUCUACCAGCCCUCCAUAGACACGGCCAUCGCAAAGCUCGACCAGGGCGAAUGGAUCCACCUCUUCGGCGAGGGCAAGGUAAACCAGCCGGAUACCUACGCCGUCCUCGACGACAUCGCCCGAUUACCCAGAUUCCGCUGGGGCGUCGGACGCAUCCUUCAAGAAGUCCAGGCCCCCCCAAUCAUCAUACCCAUGUGGCUCACCGGCUUCAACAAACUCAUGCCUGAGGGCCGGGUAUUCCCGUACAAGUACCUCCCGCGCGUCGGCCAAAAGCUGAGCGUCACUUUUGGCGCGCCGUUGGCUGGCGAGAAGAUGGAUCGAAUACAAGGCUUGCGAGAGGCGAAAGACGAUAACAGGAGCGAGAUCACGGCCAUUUUGCAAGACGCGGUCCAAGAGCUGGGGUACUCGGUCUCAGGACCGUCGCUUGGUGGUGCUGCCACUUGGAAAGACAGCAUGCCAUGACAGAAGGUUUUUGCCAUUGUGGGGACUCGAAUCAGUGCGCCAUUGCGACUCUAGCUGGCAGCAUUGAUUGGUGCUCUCGAGCCGCCCUUUAGAUGCCCCACGCGCAAGAUGCAACGGUGGCUGGCCAUGGCACGACGCGUCGCGCGCUGGGGCUUUCUAGAUAACGAUGCGCUUUCAAGGCGGUGAAAUAGAUCUUGGGGCUUAACUUC